UCCGUUUUAACAAGUAAUAAAAACCAAUAUUUAUAUAAACACGGUUCAAAUUUGUUUGUUUUAGUUAAAAAACAUUGAGGGUGUUUAGUUAAGUCGCCUAAUGGAAGGCCAUAUAUCAGAAGAAGAUUUAUUAAGCGGUAUUGAAUUGUUGCCGACCACAGAGCCAGGUACCCCGGCAAGCAAUCUUCUGAAAGCGGUUAAAAUCGAGCAGAGCAGCCUAUCAGAAGACAGUUUAUCACCAACUAAGGCUCCAUCUUCUCAGCAAUCUCCAAUUAAACUUCCAACCUCAUAUUUCUCGACAUCAAUUCAAGAUGUACAAAAACGGCUCCGAGAUUCUUUAGCAUCCAGCUUACGUAAAGAAGCUGAAAUGAAAAACUCGUGGCAUGCCUCUCCUGGAGAAGUGAAAGUCACACAUGAAGUUCAGAUCUCAGAAGAUAAAAAUCAAAGUCCUUCUCUGCACCAAAGCCAUCUGGACAACUCUCAAAAUCCUCCGAUUAAAAUUUCUGUCAAUGUCCCAAGUUCUUCAAGUUCAAGACAAAAGUUCUCAGCAUUAAAUGCCCAACAACAUAGUGGGCCCAAUAUUUGUCUUUCCAGCAAGUUCCCAUCUGGUAUUUCUCCAAUAAAAUCAACGGACCAUAAUAAAAUGCAAUCUUCAUUAAAUGAGAGUUCUAAUUCUCGAACAAAUGAAGACCCCAACACUGAAAAGCUACUCGCAUUCAUUAAACAACUUGAAAAAGGUCCAAAAUCUGACAAAUCAGUUGCAUCGCAUCUUUCACAGUUAUCGAUUCUACUCAAAAAAAGCACCAAUGAGCAAACAGCCAAACCAAUUACAAUGACCUCAAGUAAUAAGAUGUCACAGGAGAAACCUGAUGCCAAACCAAGUAUCACUGCAGCUCCAAAACCUUCCAAAGUAGCAGAAAUAAAAGUUUCAGCAUCAUCAAAUUUCUCGAAAACCAACCGUCACAAAAAAUCUGCUGUAGAAGAAAAAGUAAAGCCUGUCAAAAUUUCCAAAUCAAAAGCACCAUCUGUAAAGUCUGUACAGUUCUUGCAGCAAACUACAAAACAAAAGUCGAAAAAAUCAAAGAAAACCGUCGAUAACCAAGUUGAUGAGAAGCCACCAGAAGUCUCGUCGCGUGCAGUGAAUGAUAUGGUGGCUGUCAGGAAUCAUCUUCAAACCAUGCUUAACCUGCAGAAAGUUGAUGCAUCUGCAUUAGAUUUAUCUGGUCCAGAUUUACACAUUAGCAACAACAACAACAACACACAAGAAAGUAAAGAUGAUGAUACAUUUAGAAGCACAGAUACUGCAACUCUAUUGAGAGCCCAACCAGGAGACAUGGUUCCUUCAUUCAACUCAAGCAAGGGGGAAACAACACCCGACUUAACUGACAGUCUAACUUCAAAUUUGUUCUCAAUAUUAAAGUGCAACAAACCAAGUUCAACCAGGUCUUCUGUGGAUUCGAGCAUCGCAACUGAAAAUGGGAUAUUGAGAGAUACCUUGGAGAAAGAAAAAUACAGAAGACAACAUUGUGAAAAACAGAUCCAAAAACUUCAGAAGAAAAUGCUUGAAAUCCAGCAAGAACUUGCUGUGGCGCAUUCUACUGAUAGAAAAAAAGAUCUUAUGAUUGAACAACUGGAUAAGACAUUAGCCAAAGUAGUGGAAGGUUGGAAAUCUCAUGAAACAAAUCUUGUCAAGUCAGUUGAAAAUCUUACUGUGGAGAAUGAGAAGCAAAAAGAGGAAUCUAUCAAACUGAAAGAGAUGUUGGUUGGCAUUGAGAAUGAGUUGGCUAAAUCAUUAGAAGACUUGGUUGAUGCAAAGGAAACAAUUGUUCGUGUUCAGGAAAGUGAACAAAAGAUGAAACAAACUUACCAGACUCGUUCUUCGGAAAUUGCGAGAGUAAUUGAUCAGAAAAAUGAGCAAAUUGUUAAACUGGAGGCACAGGAAGAAGAAGCUGAGGUAAAAGUUAAAAAAAUUAAAGAAGAAUUGAAAAGGCAGAAGUCAAAAUUUGAGUCUGAGAAAAAGAACUUCAUUGAUAAAGAAGAAGCAUGGGAGGAGAUUAUUAUGGAGAUGGAGAAGAAACAUAAGCAGGAGAUGAAGUUUGAAAAGGAUAAGCUUGUGGAAGAGACAAAGAGGACCCAGGACCUUAGAAAGAGCCUUGCAUCCACUGAGGAAGAGAUGAGAAGAUUGGAAGGACUCCUGGAUGCUCAAAGAGGAGAGAUGGAGUCAAUGAAGACAUCAUCUGCAGUGUUGGAUGCAAAACACUCAGCCAUGCUGCAGAAACUUAAAGCUGAGAAUGAAAUACACACUGAGAGACAGAUAACCGAAAAGCUCUCCCAGUUUCACCAAAGUUCACAAAAGAAUGAAAAUUUACUAAGAGAGGCGAAUAAAAAGCAGGUGUUGGAGUUAGUAGAGAGUCACAGGAGAGAACUGAAAGCUCAAAGUGAGAGAUAUGAAGAAGAACUGCAAAAAAGAGUGGCUGCAAUGAAAAAGGCACUGGAUGAAAAUGAAAAGUCCCAAAAUCAAAAACUUCAAGUCAAGAGUGAAUUGAUUCGUCAACAAAUGCUUGGAAAGAUGCAAAACCUUCUACAAUCUCAUUAUAAUGAAACACUUGAGGUUGUGGGUGGUUCCUCCAUCACCCCACCAAGUAGUCAACACGAAUUAGAGACGAGUUCGUACCAUCUCACCCCAGCACCAAGUAUUGUUUCAUCACAAUCCAUCAUGACAUCACAAGCCUACGAACCAUGUGAACAGAGUUUCAAAGCAUACCAUCAUACGAACCAACAUGAACCAAUAAACCAACAAUCCAACCAAAAAACCAAUAACCAAGUUACACAAAAGAUGGAUAUCACGGAAGAACCGCUUACUAAUUUAUCACUUAUCAGCGACAUAAGUCAAAGUACAACUACCAGUUAUCCACAAAUUCCAUCAUUUUCGAGUCGAAUUCAACAAUAUUAUGAUUCUGUUCCUCAACCAAAUCACCCUAUACCUGUACCACAAACACAACCAAGUGACCAACUAAUGCAACAACCACAACCAAGCGUGGUUGAGCCAAUUCGUCAUGACAACUCCAUAGUGAUGGAUGAGGUUGUACGACAGAAGCAGUUGCAACAUUAUGUUCAAAUGCUUCUACAGCGACCUCCAGGUGACCCCGUGUCAACCAUGGUCGAUGACGUGUCACUACGUCAUAAUGAAGACAACAAAGAGAAUGCAGUAGAACAACCAGCAGUGGUUCGAAACCAACCACACACCAGUCAACAUAUGGUACAACAUCAGUCUCAUGCGUCACCUGAUCUUGUGCCAGUCAAGCAGAACAAGUUGGUUCCUAUGACCGUUGCUAUGGCAACUACAAAUCACGUACUUACCAGUUCAACAACCACGAAACGGUCGAAGCCUGUCGUUCGUUUCGCUCCAACCGAUGUGAAGGUAAACCAACCCGUUACCAUGGCAACUCCCCUCCCACAACUAACCGACCAAUCACCGUCCAUCUUCAGUCCGGCACAGAUGAGUGAAAUAUCCCAGAUACUUGGUAUGUACUCCUCUUCAGCGACACCUACCGGAGACACGAAAGUAGCAGCCGAGAAUUUGCUUCGUUAUUUAAAAGGCAAUCCUCCCUUUGAUAAUAAGAGUAUAUUUCAACCAAGUGUGGCUUCCAGUCCGUUGAAACAAUCUUUGAAAAAUUCAGCAGACACGAGCCUUCUAAACUGUUCUGUGACAUCUGGCGGUCGUAAACGAUCAACCUCAAAAUCUUUUCCAGCUUGGCGUUGAUGACGUCAUAGUAUCUCGUAUUACGUUAUCAGAAGUUGUCUGCUUACAGUAGAUUUGCUUACAGUAGAUUCUUUAUCGGUUUGUUGCUGCUAAUAAUUAGUUCCUAGUUUUUUUACAGAUAUCUAUAUUUUUAUGCUGCUGUGGUAGUAAACACGAUUAGAAAGGAAC